GUUCCAGCUGGAUGGCCACACUCGCAUUCUCUUUGUCUGACGAAUUUGUCCAUGGACUACCAAAGAUACUUCAUCUAAAAUAAACAGAAAAAUGAUUCUUCUAUUAACCAAAGUCACUGUUCUGUUACUUUCAGGAUUCACAUGUGGUGCUUCAUUUUCCAAUGGCAGUUUGACACUGCUUGAAAAUUGUUGCCAGGCUAAUCUCACAACAGAGUGUGUAACAAACUGCUUGGAUUAUAUCUAUAACUACACCAGAAAUGCAGAACUACCUAAAGAGAUGAUAAGGAGUUAUCUGAACAUAACAAUGGAUCUUGUGACCCGUGUGAUGAGCAGUAACCUUGAUCAAAAUAGUCUACAAUCCUUUGGAAAAUCUCUGUUGGAUGUACACAAGAAUCUGGUGUCCAUAGUGGUUACGAAAAAAAGAGACACCAUACCAUUUCCAUUCUCUUUUCAAAAUUUAGAGGGUAAAGUAUUUGUGAUAGAAAAACAAAAUGUAUUCUGGUACAACAUCGAUCUCACCAAUGUCUCUGUGGAUAUUGAUCUUAAAACGCUUCCCACAAAUAUCUAUGGAUCAGUUGCAGCAGCCUUCAUGAGCUACAGCAAAAUGACAGAUAUCCUGAAACCCAGUUUCUUCAACACAGUUACCAACACAAGUAAAACCACCCUGAUGUCCACUGUGGUGUCAGCAACACUUCUCAAAACCUACUCGCAUCCUACCCAACCAGUCAACUUCUCACUAACACACAUCAUGGACAAGGACCCUGGGGCCUUUCUCUCCUGUAUGGACUGGGAGACAAAUACAUGGGACACAUGUUCCCUCACAAAGACCACUCCUAUUUCGAGCAUCUGCUCUUGUAAGCGUAUGUCUACAUUUGUUCUCAUCAGUCAGACUGACCCAUGCCAGGGUAAUUUGACAAUACAGUGUGCAACGGAGUUCCUGAAGCAAAUUCAAUAUAACAUACCACAAUACUUACCACAGAAGACAGUAGAAAAAUAUCUGACAACAAUAACUAAUUUAACAAAUCAUGUUAUGAACCAAUCUAAGCUAAACCUAUAUGGAAAUGUUCUAAUGAAUGUCACUGAGAAACUGGCAUCCUGCAAUUCCACCAACAUCUCUCUCCAAACUUUAGAGGUUCGAGUGUUCAUGGUAAGAGCUCAUGCCAACUUUAGCAAUACUAUUACGCUCAUCACAACCAAUGCCACUUUGGAUAUCAAUCUGAUUGGGAUUUCAAAAAAGAAUGAAAGGAGAGAACAAGCUGCUGUGGCAUUUGUGAGCUACACCAAUAUGGCAGACAUCCUAGAACCUAACUUCAACACAUUCACAGACACAAAUAAAACAAUGAUAUCUACAGUGGUGUCUGCAACACUUCCCAAAAGUGACACAUCAGAGCUCACAGAACCAGCCAUCUUCACUCUGAAACACAUCAAAGAGUUAGCACCUAACAAUAUUCUCUCCUGUAUGCACUGGGAUAAUGACAUAUGGGAUGGAAAGUACUGUAAUCUAACAGAAACGAACAGCAGUCACUCCGUAUGCUCAUGUAAUCAUCUGGCUACAGUCAGUCUCGUCAUGCAGACUGAUCCAUGCAUGCGUUUUCUGAUAGGACCAUGUGCAAAGAACUUCCUGUAUCAAAUUCCUGUUUAUACACCUCAAGAAUUGCCACAAGAGAUGGUGAAAAAUUAUUUGAACAUCAUAAUGAAUCUUUCAGCUCGGAUGACAGACGAUGUGUCUGAGAACAAUUAUCUUGCAUCCUAUGGAGAUGUUGUAUUGAAUGUAACUGAACAACUGGUAUCUAGAUUGGUGACAAAAAGAGAUCCUUCCAUCAACAUCAACUUAUCUCUCCAAGAUUUAGUGGUUCAAGUGUUUAUGAUGGUUGGACCUAAUGUCUCAAUGAGUGAAAUUCCUCAACUUGGUACAAGCAACACUUCCAUAGAUUUUGAUCUUGUUGAGAUUUUAAACAACAACAAUGGAUCAGCUGCAGUGGCCUUCAUAAGUUAUACCAACAUGACAAACAUUGUGAAACCUACGCUCUUGAAGACAGUUACAAGCACAAUUAAAACCAUGAUGUCCAAUGUGGUGUCUGUUUCACUUCCCAAAACUGUUAACACAACCCUUACCAAACCAGUCAAGAUCACCUUCAAACACAUUAAUGAGUUUGACCCUGAAGGCUUAGUCUCCUGUGUGUAUUGGAAGAAAGGUGAGUGGUCUAAAGAAAACUAUAGCCUCAUACAGACUAACAGAACUCACACGAUGUGCUCCUAUAGCCACUUGUCUACCUUCGCUCUCAUCAUGCAGACUGAUUCAUGCAGGAGUGAUCAUCUCAUGAAGACACUGACUGCCGUGGCUAUAAUAAUGGGAAUCGUAUUCCUGAGCUUGUCUAUAGUGACAUUAACCCUUUAUUCUCGUAACCCAGUGACCAACACAGCUCUGAUAAACUUAGGCAUAAACCUUCUACUGUUUCUCAUCCUCAGCCUGAUCAAAACUCUUUUCCUGGCCCACAUUCACUCCCAGCAACUACGUGCAGUGCUGGCUGGAUUCCAGUGGUUCUUUUUAAUGUCUGUUUUUGUGUGGAUGUUCAUUGAAGCUGUGCUGCUCUACAACUUUGUGAAGAACCUUUCUAAUACCACAUCAGUUCAAGAGGAAGUGUUUAGCUGGAAAUGGUUAAUUUUCAUUGGAUAUCUUAUUCCACUGGGAGUACUGGGCCUGACUGGUGUACGCUUUCCUGAGGGUUACAUCGAUGAAGAAUGCUGGCUGAAUCAGGAUGACAGUUUCUUCAUUUUUGCCGGUCCUGUUCUUUUAACUGUUGCAUUGAAUCUGGUCCCCUACGGCAUUAUCAUCACAAUCUUCACUAUUAAAUACCAGAAAAAUGAAAUCUCGCACAUGACUGCGAGAUCCCCUGCUGAUAUGAACCUGAUCAAAUGCCUGAUGCUCAGGAGCCUGACUCAGUUCAUUAUUCUCAUUUGCUACUGGAUACUCCUGUACAUUCCCAGCAAGAACGGAGUUUUAUAUCAUGCCUUCCAGUUCCUCAACUCUCAGCAGGGCACCUUCAUCUUCCUCAUCCACUGUCUCCUCAACCAAGAGGUCAGGAAGAAGUACAGAAAUGUUAUGUGUGCUUUGUGCUUCUCCAACACUGCAGUAGCAACCUCUAGGAGUGUCAGGGGACAAAGUGAAGAGUCACAGGACAACUAAUUAGGGCUGGGGGUGUAACGAUACUCAAGACACUUUUCAAUUAAUGGAACUGCAAUAACGAUUGAACUGAAUAUUUUCUGAAAAGCUGAAUGAAGAAAAAUGAUGAUAGAAAAGUCUCUUUUUUAUUUCUGUCAUUUCUAUAUCAUUACACCCCUAAUUAUUUCUCGUGGGUAAUACAGGUUAAGGGAUAUUUUUAAAAGUGUUUUAAAAAUGUUUUCAAAUAUGUUUUUCUUUCUGUAGGAAAAGGUCUAUAACAACUUGCUAAUCUUCUAUACUGUAGAAUUGUUUAUAUUAAGAAUAAUUUAGGAGAUCAUAAAAACGUAACUAUCUGAAUUUAUAACAUUUUUCCCACCUUAUUUUAAAUGUAAACAUAAAGACAUGGUGAAGAACCUAAAAGCAAUGCAUCUGUAGCCUUUACUCUGGUCUCUAUCAGGGAAUCAAAAUGCAAAUGUAUUCCAGGUUACAUGCAAAUAUGCAAACUGAUGAUGUUCCUCAAAGAAUGAAGUUACAAAAUACCCAAAUGAAAAAUCAGUUAUGAAACAGUAUGUUGUAGAAAACAAGCACAUUUCAACUUCUUAAUAAUGCCAGGGGUUUGGAUUUCAAUGUUUGAUGCGGUGCUAAAGAUGAUCAGAAGACAGAUCACUCAGUACCUGACCCCACAGAGUUUUCUGAGUUCUCAUCAAUUGGAAACUAUUUUUUACUCAAUUUACUCUGAACGUAAACCAAUAUUGCAAGUGAUUAAUUCCAAUUUAAUAUUUGGCUUUAUAUUAAAUCACUUUUUAACUUUGUGAACUUCUAAAUAUAAUGUCCUUAACCAGUUAAUGUCCCUGAACUUCCAGCUUAACUUUUCACUGAACUUCUAGCUUCAAGUUCUCAAAUCAUCUGAACAAACCAGUCAGAAUUAUAAUUUGUGCACGAUCGUUGAAAUCCUAUGAACAUUGCACUAUGUUUAAAUUUUUUUAAAAACUUUAAAUCAUAAUAAUUGUUGUGUUUACAUGCGAGACAAAAUUACUAGAUAAGGAAAUGAAAUUCCAUGUCCAUAAUUAGAGUUGCGUGUGCCUGUCCAACCUAAUGAUUUACUUAUCUGCUAGCAAACUUCAGUAGAAACCUUUUUACGCUUUGUUCAGCUAAAAAUAAUGAACCAUAACUAUGGAGUUGAAUGCAAAUGACUAAGAUGUAAAAGUAAACACACACAAACAGCAUUGUGUUAGCAGCUGUAUUCUUGUAAAUGCAUUCCUUUAUGUAAAUGAGAAACUUUACAUAAAAUAUACCACACUCUACAUUGUGAAAAUAGUUCCUCUAAUGACUGCUCUGUAGGAAAGAUGUGCAUUUUGAACAUAAGGAGGUGGCUGGGAUGAGAAGAAAAUUUAGAAAAGGUUUAGAAAGAAAAAAAAUAUUCAAAAUCCUAUUUUAGAAACAGUUUUUUGAAGUAUUUUUAAAAACAGAAAGCAUUGUAUCCAGUGGUACAAGAUGAAUAAGACUCUUGUGGACCUACCGUUAUGGGAAAAUCAGUUUUAGGUACACUAACAUUGACCACCCCACAUCAUUAGCCCAUGCCGUCACACACACAUACAGCAAGGUGAAGAUAAACUGAAGUCUCCUAAAUGAUCCAUGUAGCUCUGAAUACAAUUUCAAAUACAUUUUCAUUUACAUGCUUAUUCAAUCAGCCAAUCAUAAUACCGUUUCCUAAUCCAGAAACCGAUCGAGUUAAUGUUCUUAUCAAACAUAUAUAACAAUGGGGAAAGUUUGAAGAAAGUCUUAAUUCUUACUGCAAGAUGCUGUGAGUGGGAGCAAGAAAUGGACAUUUUCUCAUAGUGCAAGUAGGAAUGUCCGUGAGAUUAUUUUCCAAGUAGAAUCUUUUUUUUUUUUUACUUUAAUAAUAUGUCAAGUCAGGGUUGAUGUAUAUCCCACAAAUACUCUAAGGCCGAGUGAAACGUGGCAAUGAAAAGCUUGCGCUACUCUACUGUGCAGUCGGUAAUGAGAACAGCUGUUAUGAAUAUAUCUAAGACACGUGAGGACGCCUGCCUGCAUAGUAAACUCUUCCAAAACUUCCAGCAAAAUCCGACGUAAACAUUGCCAUUGGAAAGGACCAUUUCAGCAACCAUGUACACACCUCUUACCUCAGAGAAAAUCCACGGACAAGUUCAGAUAAUCAUUGGAGAAUUUCAGUGAGCGAGUCAUUUUCCAGUGUGAAAAUCUCAAAUCUUCUUCAUUAGGAAGGACUUUAUAAUAAUCAGAUAAUCGGGCAGGCUUUUUCCUGAAAGAAUGACCCAUUGAGUCUGGAAGAGAUUACAGCGCAACGCUGUUCGAUGGUGACAGCUAGUGAUGAAAAGGAUGAACUGCAGAUAAUAAUCUUCUGGGAUAAAAACUAAUAAAACUAAAAAUGAGAUUUUUCUUCAUCAGCACUGGCACAUGAAUACUUUACAAAUAAAUGUGAUUUGAAUGCAGUUGUUCAUUUUGCCAUUGGAGAUAAUGGAACAGUUUCUUGCACCUGAGCAAACUCCAAAGGUCAGAAGACUUCCUUUAGAUAUUCAUAUGAAUAAAGUUGGAGUUGCUGAAACUGAAGGAAUAUUUUCUGAUCCCUUCAAAAAUUUUAGCUAAAUGUUUAAAAGUACUGAUUUAUUUUAUUUCCAUACCAGUCUCCUGCCAACACCAUCUUGGGCUUGAUUUCACCACCUUCAUCAUCAUC